AUGAAGAUGCUGGUUCUGCUCGGGUUCUUCUGCCUGGUCCCGUGGCUCGGAUCUUCUGAGUACGAGUACGUCUGGAGGGACUCGACCACCCGCUCCUGUAAGGAGAUCCCCGUGGACCUGAGGCUCUGCCACGGCGUGGGAUACGCAGACAUGCUGCUGCCCAACUUGCUGGAUCACGAGAGCAUGGCGGAGGUGAAGCAGCAGGCCGCCAGCUGGGUGCCGCUCGUCCAGAGGAGGUGCCACCACGGCACUCAGAUCUUCCUGUGCGCUCUCUUCGCCCCGGUGUGUAUGGAGAGGCCGGUGCAGCCGUGCCGUGAGCUGUGCGUGAGCGUGCGGGACGCCUGCAGCCCCAUCAUGACGGCGUACGGCUUCUCCUGGCCCGAGAUGUUCAACUGCAGCCGGUUCCCUGAGGAGGAGCAGGAGAUGUGCAUCGACAGGACCACGCCCAGCACACGCAGCGCCUCAGACAAUAAUUCGACGUGUCCUCAGUGUGAUCACGACCUGGUCCUAGAGCACAUGUGUGCCACCGAGUUCGCUUUUAAAACCAAAAUAAAGGAGACGAGUGUGGACGGUUCCGACCUGACGGUGUUCCUGCAGAAGAAGAAGAAGCUGGUGAUGAGGCGCGGAGACCUGAGCAGCGACGAGAUCAAGAACCUGGAGCUGCGCCUGAUCAACGGCGCCAAGUGUCCCUGCCCACAGCUGGACGAGCGGAGGCACCCGUACCUCAUCAUGGGGCGCAGGGUGGGACAGCGCCACCUGCUGACCGGCAUCCGCCGCUGGGACAAGAGCAACCAGUUCAAGAACCUCCUCAAGCAGCUGAAGAGCCAGAAGUGCUCGGCGUACAACCCCGCUUUUAAAUAAACCCUCUGGCACGCGGGGCGCCCGUGCCCUCCCCCCUGCACCGAGCGCCCGGCCUGACCCACCGGCUCUCAGUGAGCAACAACGGCUCAGCAACAUCGCACGAGUUAAGCACGCUUCUCAAAGAAACUAAUAA